GUACAAAUUUGAACUAAAUAUAAAAGGUGCGAUUUCUUUUAGUUGAUACAUGUGAAUGUAUAUCAAUUAAUAUACUUACAAUACUUUUUAUUGUUUACAUAGAAAGUAAAUUUUUAUUUUUCAAUCAACGUAUUACCUGCUUUUGUAAUUAAGUGCUUUUUAAAAUAAAUAAAACAGUUUAAGAUGUCUUCUACAAAAUCAUGUACUACAGGAUGUAACAAAGAUUCAAAAGCACAAUGCUGUGCUGCAGAGAACAAAGGAGACAAUUGUUGCUCUGGCCAAAAAUGUUGUGAAAAGGAAUGUGACUGUAAUUGUACAAAAGGAGGAAAUUGCUGUUCUGGCCAAAAAUGUUGUGAAAAGAAAUGUGACUGCAAUUGCACUAAAGGAGGAAAAUGUUGUACCGACAAAAAAUGUUGUGAAGAGAAAUGUAGUUGUAACUGUGCUGCGAAUAAAAGCUGUUGUUGUUCUGAUAAAAAAUGCUGUAACGACGAAAGUACCUGCAAUUGUGCAAAGAAAGAAACAUGUUGUUGCGACAAAAAAUGUUGUGAAAGCUCUACGCCAGAACCAGAAACUAAUGAAGCAGAGGAGUAUCCAAAUGCUUGUAAAUGUCAGGGAUGUAUUUGCUUAUGUAGUUUACCAGAAAAUCGUCGCAAAUAAAAUUAAUUUUUAAAAUUAUGCUUUA